AAUCCAGACCAAAAUGUGACUUCAACCGUCGGCUUCACCGAUUACCCCAUCUAAACAUAACAGGGACACAGACGCGCGCAAUUCUCAAACGAAACAAUCAUCAUUAUCGUUGGUUUCUGAUAUGCGCAGGUAUGAUCGGAUCAACGCGUGUCUGCCGGACGAGUUGAUUCUCGAGAUCUUCCGGCACCUCGAUUUAAAGGUCAGCCGAGAUGCCUGCUCACUCGUCUGCAAGCGCUGGCUCACGCUCGAGCGCCUCAGCCGAACCACUCUCCGCAUCGGCGCCUCCAGUAGCCCCGACCUCUUCGUCAAGUUGCUUUCUCGACGCUUCGCCAACGUUAAGAACAUUCAUAUAGAUGAACGCCUUUCCAUUUCUCAUCCUGUUCAACCAGAUUUUGUUUUGUUUGCGGUUGAUGUAAAGAUGAAGUUUCUUCUACAGGGAAGAAGGCGUGGCAGUGACCAAUUGGCUCUUUCAUCGCCUAAGCUGCAAUUUGUUAGUGAAACAAGUGGAUCCGAGGAAGGUCAGGUUGAGCCAUAUUGUUUAUCAGAUGCUGGGUUGACCGUACUUGCUGAAGGCUUUUCGAAGCUUGAGAAAUUGAGCUUAAUCUGGUGCUCUAACGUAUCCUGUGUGGGUUUAAUGUCCCUUGCUUACAACUGUGUAUACUUGAAAUCUUUGGAUUUACAGGGUUGUUACAUUGGAGAUCAAGGGCUAUCUGCUGUUGGGAAAUGUUGCAAGCAACUUGAAGAUCUGAAUUUGCGUUUUUGUGAAGGUUUGACUGACACGGGUUUAGCUGACUUGGCUCUUGGAUGUGGCAAAUCUUUAAAAUCUAUUGGUGUUGCGGCUUGUGUUAAAAUUACUGAUGUGUCAUUAGAAGCUGUGGGAUCUCACUGUAAAUCUCUUGAAACAUUGUCGUUGGAUUCAGAAUUCAUCCACAAUAAAGGGGUGCUUGUUGUGGCCCGAGGAUGUCCUCAUCUAAAAGUUUUGAAGCUUCAGUGUAUUAACGUUACAGAUGAGGCUUUGAUAGCUGUGGGAACUUCUUGUUUUUCUUUGGAGUUAUUGGCUCUAUACAGUUUCCAGCAAUUUACAGACAUGGGUUUGCAUGCUAUAGGAAAUGGGUGUAAGAAGUUAAAAAAUCUCACUCUUAGUGAUUGCUAUUUCCUGAGUGACAAGGGUUUGGAAGCUAUAGCUGCAGGCUGCAAAGAACUUACACAUCUUGAAGUCAAUGGUUGCCACAAUAUUGGAACUGUGGGACUGGAGUCCAUUGGACAAUCUUGCCAGAGCCUCACUGAGUUAGCUUUAUUAUAUUGCCAGAGAAUUGGUAAUUCUGCUCUUCUUGAAGUUGGAAGGGGCUGUAAGUUCUUGCAAGCUCUUCACUUGGUCGAUUGCUCUAACAUUGGAGAUGAGGCUAUUGGCAGUAUAGCUAGAGGCUGCCAGAAUUUAAAGAAACUUCACAUCCGUCGAUGCUAUAAGAUUGGGAACAGUGGAAUUGUAGCUGUCGGUGAGAAUUGCAAGUUUCUGACGGAGCUUAGCCUUCGAUUUUGUGACAGAGUGGGGGAUGAAGCUCUUAUUUCCAUAGGUAAGGGCUGCUCCUUGAAACAUCUUAAUGUCAGUGGUUGCCACCAAAUUGGUGAUGCUGGAAUUAUAGCCAUUGCAAGAGGGUGCCCUGAACUGAAUUACCUAGAUGUAAGCGUUCUCCAGAACUUGGGAGAUAUGGCAAUGGCAGAGUUAGGUGAAGGUUGUCCAUUACUGAAGGAUAUAGUGUUAUCACACUGCCGUCAAAUCACAGACAUUGGUUUAGCCCAUCUUGUUAGAAACUGCACAAUGCUGGAGUCGUGUCACAUGGUGUAUUGCCCAGGGAUUACUGCAGUUGGAGUUGCCACUGUAGUUUCCAGUUGUGUGAACAUAAAAAAGGUGAUGGUCGAGAAGCGGAAGGUGAGCCAGAGGACCCAAAGGAGGGCAGGUUCUGUUAUCUCGUACUUCUGUGUGGACCUUUAGAUCAAACAGCCUAGUUAUUUUAUAUGCUGAGCUUGUUAAAUGUAAAAGUUUUAAUAUUUCCAGUUCUUUUUUCUUUACCCCUCUUAAAUAUUCUUAGUUUAGCUUAUAUGUGUUCCAGUUUUUGUAUACUUUUUUUGUAACAAAAUUUUAUUUAGAGUCAGUUGUUUAA